CUCUCUGCGUGCUCUUAAUAACUGCAACUCUGCAAAGCUAAGAACCAACACUCAUUUCCUGGGAUUCUCCCAGGACCAAAACCUGCAUUGCAUUUGGGGUUUACUUUCCUCCCUCCGCCACCAUGGAUUCUCGCCAACCUCCGCAUUCGCAGCCCAACAUCACCAUGGGACCCACUCCCUACCCCUACCCCCACCCCAACGCCACCAUCACCCCCUCCACCAUGGCCCCUCGAUUCCCACCAUUCAACACCCCCACCACCACCACCACCAACAACAACAACCCUUCCGAGCAUUUCACCAUCACCAGCAACAACACCAACAGCGACGCCUCCGCCUCCUUGAAGCCCUGCGGUUCCGCCUCUGACUCCGUCAAGAGAAAGAGGGGCCGCCCUAGGAAAUACUCUCCCGACGGCAACAUUGCUCUGGGCUUGGCCCCUUCUCCUUCUUCCUCCGCCAAGAAGAACAGAGGAAGACCCCCUGGCUCCGGGAAGAAGCAACUCCACGCGCUCGGAACUACUGGCACUGGUUUCACUCCCCAUGUUAUCACCGUCGAUGCUGGCCAGGACAUAGCUGCCAAACUUCUGGCCUUUUGUCAACAAGGACCUCGGACAGUUUGCAUUCUUUCUGCUUCUGGUGCAGUCCGCAAUGUCACCCUCGAAAAGCAAGCUGCGUCCGGGGGUGUUGUCAUGCAUGAGGGCCAAUUUGAGAUCAUAUAUCUCUCAGGUGCUGAACUACUAUCUGAAAAUAGUACUGGUAGUAACAGAAUGGGUGGCUUGAGUGUGAAUCUAGCAGGGCCGGAUGGACGCAUUUUAGGAGGCAGAGUUGUUGGAAUGCUUACUGCCGCAUCUGCAGUCCAGGUCAUUGUGGGUAGCUUUAUUGCGGAUGGAAAAAAGUCUAACUCAAGUAACCUGAAAUCUGGACCUCCUUCUAUGCCGUCUUCCCAAACGUUAACUUUUGGUUCUCCCGUGACUCCAGCUAGUCCUCCUACCUCUCAAGGGCCUUCAACCGAGUCGUCUGAUGACAAUGGGAAUAGUAGGCCUGGACUCUACAAUAAUGCCAGUCAGCCCCUUCAUAAUAUGCCAAUGUACACUCAUCAAAUAUGGGCUGGCCAAACUCAUCAGUGAGGAUGCGUUUUUGUGUUUAACAGUGCAGAAGCAGGGUAUUUUAUAUGGCGAUUGUUCAAAGUAGUGGCUAGAGGUUGAAUUCUAAAAUGCUAACAUGGCAUUAUUGGGGCUAGUUUUAGGAGGGGGUCUAUCUUAAUGUCCAUAUAAAUUUCUAUUCAUUUUUCUGCUUAUCUAGAUUUUUAAAUCAUCAGUGAACCGUAGCUAGUGAUGAUAGCUUAUGUUUAUUUAGCUUGUUACUGAUUUGGAUCCGCUUGUAUUUAUCAGAUAUUAGAUGUGAGCUGCUGUGGCUGUUCCCCUUAUCAUCGCUGCAUAUUCUUUUUUA